UAUGCAUUGAGCUGCCGGUUAUCUGCUGGGCUGUUUUUUGGUCUGUAUCAUCAAGUCCAGGCUGACAAUGUCACACCUGUUUUUAUCAUGAACCUCCUCAUUUCAGAUUUCAUUAAGAUCAUUGGUAGAAUUGUAGAGGUCAUUAUAAAUGAUAACAUUGCAUACAUUUAAGUUGUGAUCCUGAUUAGUGUAUCUCUCAGUGUUGGAUUCAUGGUGUGUAUCGCACUGGAGAGAUACCUCCUGGUUGUGCAUCCUUUGUGGUAUCGAUGUCACCGCACUAUCAAACACUCCAUACUCAUUUCACUGGUUAUCUGUGCGUUUGUGGUGCUAAUUUUCACAGGUUUGUUUUUCUUGUUCUACGUGUUCAUGUUUAUUGGAGUUGCCGCCCUCCUUAUCCUCCCAUUGCCACUGCUGCUGUUCUUCCUGGGAGCCACAUGGAGAGCCCUCUCCCACUCCAUCUCAGUCCCACACAAAGAAAAGAAAAGGAUUCUGGGUACACUGGCACUCGUCCUGCUCUUAUAUUUAAUUUUGUUCUUGUCAACUACAUUAUUAAUUUUUUUACAUUUUUUUGAAGAUUUCAAAUCACAAAUUGAUUUUUGGAAAUUCUUUACUGUUGCUUUUGUGUUCCUGUACAUCAGCCCGCUAAUUGACCCCCUACUGUACAUCUUAAUUAAGAAAGAUGCCAAGUACAUAGUGAAGGUCCCACACUGCUAUUGGAGACUCAGGGGUCACAGAGAGAUCAGGCAGACAUCCUCUGUUCCAACAGAGAAUAUUACCAGUGUCUAAACAUGCUUUUAGAUCAGAAAAUACAGGAAUAAAAAAAAACGAAAAAACACUAAACACCUAACAAUAUAUGAAUAUAAGGUGAAAAGGAGUAGGGUCACCUCCUGCCUUCAGAACAGCUUCAGUUUUUGUUGAAAUGCUGCCAUUUAAGUUCUGAAUUGUGCAUUAGGAUAUUGGGCAUUCUUUAAGAAGGAAAGCCUUCAGUUUGUGGGAUAAAGGAGAUGGAAUUCUACUUUGCACUCAGUGUUCCCGAAUUUCUUUGACUUCAUCCUGGUGUACAUGAAACCACUCUUGAAUUUGUUUACCAAUGUGUUUGUGGGCAUCAUGGGAGAACAGUGCUUACACCAUAGGGUGCACUUGGUCUGCUGUAAAUAGACUUCAGAUUCCUUGGCCAUUAUAUUACCUGGAAUACAAGCCUUAAAUACAAGCAGUUUCCGGAUGGCAGUGCUGCUGUAAAUACCUGUUUUGGGAAAAUUAUGGACCACAGAGGGUCUGUUUCAAUUGUAGUCAUUUCUUAGGUGAUAGUUUUAGAAUUUUUAGCAACUAUCCUGUUUAAUUUCAGUGAGCUUUCACCCAUAACCAACAUUUCUCUUCCAUGCAGUUUGUUUGGCAUAUGUUGCCUCCAUUUUCUGCACUGUUCCCUCUGUCACAUUGAAUUGCUUAGUAAUUUUUGUGACCAAUAAAACAAUA